AUGUCAAACUUUGGUUUUCAGAAUAAAUGGAUCAGGUGGACUAAGGAAUGCUUACAAUCUUCUAGAGUUUCAAUUCUUGUUAAUGGCUCACCCAAUGCUGAAUUUAGUCCUGAAAAAGGACUCAGACAAGGGGAUCCAAUGUCACAUUUUCUCUUUAAUAUCGUAGCUGAAGGGUUGAAUAUGUUAUUUCAAAGGGCUAAAGCAUUGGGGUUGAUUAAAGGAGCUGUUAUGGGUCAUAAGGAAACUACUGUCACGCACUUUCAUGUCUAUGGGGUUGGAGUACAGGAAGUGGUUCUGGCUGAUUUUGUUGAGAAAUUAAAUUGUCAGAGUAAAAGGUUGCCAUUCAUGUAUCUUGGUCUGCCACUUGGUGCCAGCCCGAAGAGGGGGAGCAUAUGGUUGCCUGUGAUCAAUAAGUUUAAAUCUAAGCUUGCUUCUUGGAAGAGAAAGCUACUUUCUUAUGGGGGUAGGUUAACUCUAAUCAAAUCUGUGCUAUCAUCAUUACCAAUUUACUACCUUUCCUUAUUUAAAGUACUUGUUGGUGUGGCUAAGCAGAUUGAUAAAAUUCAAGCCAGAUUCUUGUGGGGGGGUUCGAAAGUUAAAAAGAAGCUUCAUAUGGUAAAGUGGGAGGAGGUUACAAUGAAGAAAAGUUUGGGAGGGCUGGUUAUUAAAAGGUUGGAGGAUUUUAAUGAGUGUCUUCUAGCUAAAUGGCGGUGGAGAUAUGGUACUGAGGAUACGACAUUAUGGAAAGAUAUUGUGAUUAGUAUGGCAGCUUUCAUGGGAGAUGUGGGAAAUGGGUUGCGGGUUAGUUUUUGGGAGGAUCCAUGGGCAUCUGAUAGGUUCUUAAAGGAUGAAUUUUCCAGAAUUUAUGACCUAUCAGCAGAUAAAAAGGUCACCAUUAGACAGAUGUUGGACAAGAGAAGUUUAGCAGCUGGGUGGUCCUUUAAUUUUUGGAGAUGUCUGAGGGCUUGGGAGGACGAUGAAAUGGAAAGAUUCAAAUCAUAUCUUUCUUCUCUUAAGCCCAUCUUAUCAGAUAGAAUGGAUUCUCUGGUUUAG